AUGUUGCGCCGUAUCAAGCGAUUCCUCGGACUAACAUCUCAUUCGUAUUUUCCGAACAAUGAAGUGGCACCGACAGCCGAUGGAAGUAUGAUUUCUAAAGCUAGUCGUAAAUCGACAAAAUCGGAGAGAAAGGCGGCGAAGAAAGACAAGAAGAAGAGCCCGCUCGCGGCUGAUAUCUCGGCUCCCGCUAUUUAUCACGUUCCUACACCACCUACGGAAAUUGUGGUUGGCGGCGAGGACACUCUACCAUGCUCCGAAUCGCAAUCUGAUCGUCAAACUGUCAUCACCGACUCGUUGCCAUAUCGAGAGCCAAGUGAUAAAGUGUUCAUGGAAACACCACCAAUCAUUGUCGAAAGCAGCAGCAGCACUCGCAGUCUCGUUGGAUCCGAUUCCAUCAAGGAGCGUCUGGAAUCAGUGACUCUUGAUGGAGAGUUGGCGACGUUGACGCAGGGCGAGUCGCCGUCUGAUUCCGUUUACUCUGCGGAUUUCUCUCAAGACACUGACUCACAGAAGACGUGUGACAACAAGAGUCGCGAGUUGCCAGUGGACUGCGACGUUCCAGAUGACAAACCAUUGAUGGCCGUUUCUCCACAAUUGUCUCGAAUCUCGACGACGUCGUCGGUGUACAUCGGAUUGCCGAAGAUGCAAAUUCAAGAGGAUCAUGAGGAAUUGAUGGAGAAGAAUGAGGAUAUCACUGCUAUGAAAAAGUUCAACGAUGAGCUUGAUGGUCUUCUGAAGAAGUCGUCGCCACCAUUCCAAGUGUCGACCGCCCGUCUUCCACCAAUGCUCAAGGACCUGCCACCACCGGCAAACGACGAAUCGAUGAUCAGUGGUCAUGAGGAGUUCAACGACUCCAAGAACAAUUCGGUUGCACGUAUUCUCAAUGAAUCGCAUGAAGCAAUGAUGCGCAGUCCGGAGAACAAGCAUCUGCGUAGCUGUGGAUACUGA